ACCAUCAACACAAAAACCUCCCUAAUUAAUAACAUGAUGCAACGGUCCACGCCUGGUGGCUCGUCAACCUAUACCAUCAGAACAGCCCAACAAGAACUAGUCCAGCAGAGUAAUGUUGAUGGAUCUACAAGAAUUGCCUUUGGGAAGCAUAAUGGCAAGACCUUUGAAGAGGUAGCAACUACCGACUCUGGAUAUUGUCAAUGGGUACUCAACCUAGGACAAUGCAAUGGUCAGUUGGCACUCUUUAAAGCCUUCCUACAAGGCACGGCUCCAACUACUGAUAGCAGUGAUGGGGGCAAUUGGCGGCGGCGAUUGUCAACUCAAUCAUCCUCGGAGCAACAGCCACUUGAUGGACGGUAUUCUGUUAGUGGUCAGCCACCUCAAUCAAGUAGUUGGAUUCGGCAUUCGCAGAAUACUAGAGGAGGCCACCACCAUCACCACCUUCCGACCUUCCAGGAGUAUGCAUUCUCGGCACCACCAGCUACACGUAGCUCCAUAGGGGGGGCUUCAAACGCUACUGUAUUGCCCACCUUUGAUCUCGGUCGAGGGAAUUCAGUCGGAUCACAGCAGACCACCUUUCCACCAUACCAGCAGACACCACAACGGACCUUACCAUGGGGGCCAUCAGGCAAUAACUCUAAUCAUCAACAGAUUGCUGGUUACCGUACCAAAUCGGCACCAGCGGCCGCUGUGAACCACUCGAAUGUAGCGUCAGAUGGCAAGACAUAUAACUUCCGUAUGGAGAUAGGUACCAAUGGUUGUUUGAAGUUAGUAAACAACUCAUGGCUUCCUAAUGACCUAUGGCGAGCUUUAAGCUUCGACACACCUAUGUUACAACGGAGCGAAGCCAGUCCUGCAGAAUUCAUAAUCAAUGAAGCAUUGAUGCCGAAUACUGAUAGGGCUAAGAUCAUUGAUAAAGUCAUUGCUGAUGUGAAGAAGGUCCCCGGAGUAGCUGUCGUCGAGGCGAUUCCUCAGUUUGUAUUAUCAGUUAUAUCAAGCAAUCCUGUUCCCACUGAGAUAGUACCAAUACCAGAAGCUAUCGAUGCGAUACGUCCACCGUUGAAGCCUUAUCAGAGGGCUGGGGUAGAGUUCGCCUUGCAAAGGAAGGGGCGAUGCCUACUUGGUGACGAGAUGGGUUUAGGGAAGACUUUGCAAGCAUUGGCUGUGGCUCUGGCUUAUCGGAGUGAAUGGCCAGUAUUGGUUAUAUGCCCGGCUAGUUUGAAGUUUGUAUGGAAGGAUCAAAUAAUGGAAUGGCUCGAGAAUCAUGUCCGAGGUGAUGAGGUUCAGGUCGUUAUGAAGGGUAAAGAUAAUAUCCUCAGCGACGCUAAAUUUGUUAUUAUUGGUUACCCUCUCAUAAAUAAUCCCAAGUUCCAGACGAGGCCUAACGGAUCUAAGUGA